UUAACAUUACCGUUGUCAAGGACAAAACAGGAAGUCGUUUAUUUCACCAGAAAUUGAAUAAUCAGGUUGUGUAGUUUGGGAUCAGAUCGAUUUAUCAGACAUAUUGCUUGUAGGACAUUGACGGCAGAAACUUGAAAUUUAGUGUGGAGUGCUACCUAAGAAUAACUUCAAUUGAAGAUGGAAGUGUCUGGAAAAAAGAGAGACCCCGCUAAAGGUUAUUCAAGAUCUGCAGUUGGGGUAAAUGCACAGAUUUAUUGUGACCCAUGUUGCAAAGAUGGUAUAAAAUUAACCGCACAUGGCUUCUGCAAGAACUGUAUGGAACAUUUAUGUGAGAGCUGUUACAAAACGCAUAGAAAACGAGCGCCAUGCAGGAACCAUGUACUACUAGGCAAGUCUCAGAUGCCAAAAACCCAGAGUUCAGGACAUCUUAAAGUUCCUAAGAAUGACCUGACGAAACAGUGUCGGCUACAUAAAGGUAAACUGAUUGAGUACAUCUGUCAUGAUCACAAUAUCUUUGGCUGUAGUCCAUGUAUAACACUGAACCAUAGGAACUGCAAAGUAGACUACAUACCAGACGUCUCCAAAGAGUACAAACCAGACGUCUCCAAAGAGUACAAACCAGACGUCUCCAAAGAGUACAAACCAGACGUCUCCAAAGAGUACAAACCAGACGUCUCCAAAGAGUACAAACCAGACGUCUCCAAAGAGUACAAACCAGACGUCUCCAAAGAGUACAUACCAGACGUCUCCAAAGAGUACAAACCAGACGUCUCCAAAGAGUACAGGACAAGUGACGAGUACAGAGAGCCUCUACGAUCUCUAGCAGCCCUUCAGAAACAGUUCCAAAAAAUAAUUGAAGAAACAAAGGCCAACAAAAAGAAAAUCCUGCAGCACAAGUCUUUCGUGAAAGAUGAAAUUAAGAAGUUUCGCCAAGAAAUCAACGUUAUGUUUGACAAGCUUGAAGCAAGUCUUGAGAAACGUGCUAAUGAUAUAUUUACCAAGGAGUCAACAAGAAUGGAAUCUUUAGCACUAAAUUCUGUCAAAUUGGAGAAAGAUAUUGAACAGCUUCGGAAUGACAUCAGCAAACUGGAAAUGGCAAAUCAAUGUAAUGCACCAUUCAUCCGUUCCAAAGAAAACAAAGAAACUAUACAGAGCUACACCUCUGCUGAGGAACAAGCACACAAAGACAACUACGUUAACAGCUUGACACCAAAUGUUGAUUUAAAGGAAAUACUCGAAUCAGAAACAGGAAUUGGUGAACUGCAAAACAGUGACAUCGUAAGAAAUGUAAAAGCUGAUGCAGGUUACUUUAAUACGCUUCGUGUCACGUAUUCAGAUGAAAUAAAUGUCAAAAGUCCGUCAGAUGACAGCGAUUGUUGUAUUCUGGGAGCAGUGUUUAUUGCUAAGCAUCGCAUUGCAUUUGUUGAUUCGAUUAAUUGUGCUGUCAAAAUAGUUGAUACAAAGACGAAAAAGAUAACUUGCGAGAAAAAGUUAAGCGAAAGUCUGAGUAAUUUAGAUUUACUUCCUGAUGGUUUGCUUGCAGUAUCUUUUAGUUGUUCUAAGAUGAUAACGUUUUUAUCAAUAGCUAAUGGAUUGUCUGAAGUCCGGCAUCUUGAAGUAGAUGGAUGGUGUAACGAUUUAGUUUACCAUGAUAAUAGAUUAAUUGUUACAUUCAAAUUUUAUGAUAAGGUACAUAUUAUGGAUUUAGAUGGCAAUGUUUAUCAGUCGAUAAAAAAAGAUUUCUAUGGUAAUGAAUUUGAAUUCCCAUAUGUUACAGUUGGUGUUGGGAAAUUCUACAUCUCAGACUACAGUACAAAUACAAUUACAAGUAUGAAUCUUAAUGGAGAAGUAUUGAAGGGGUACAAAGAUGAACGCCUAGUUCAACCUUGUGGUAUGGUUGUUCUUGAUGACGGCUCUAUAUUGGUGUGCAGCAGUGGAAACAACAAAAUUCUUUUGAUAUCAGAAAAUCUUGAAACAACAAGAGUGAUACUUGAAGAAAAGGACGGACUGUACUGCCCUUGGUCUUUAGCUUUAGAUAGGGAUAAAAACAAUUUAUAUGUUGGGAGUGGUAAAUUUUGUAACUUUCUAAAAGUAUAUGAUUUGAAUGAAAUUUAAAAGGUAAA